AUGAGCCCGCUGUUGAAGGAGUACCUGAAUCGGGACGUCGUCGUGGUGCUGACGAGCGGGUGCGUGCAGCAGGCGACGCUUGUCGGGUUCGACAAGAACGUGAACCUGCUGCUGUGGACCGCUGGUCAGCACUGUGUGCGUGUUCUGCGCGGGUCUGAGGUGGUCUGUGUUGGGCUGUGUCCUGCAAACACCACCGCCACCACUGGGGAAACAGCAGUAGAUGAGGGGGAACGGUACUACGCCGACACGAAGAACAACGUACCACAGGAACACCUCAUAUGGGCACAAGUAUGGAACCGAAGAGAUUGA